AUGGCCAGUUCCACUGGCCUGCUGCUGCUGCUACUGCCGCCGCUGCUGUCGAUCCAGGCCCGGGCGGAGGGCACCGCUGACCAGGAGGCUGUGGUCUGUGCAGGGACUGCCUGCUACACGGCCCACUGGCACAAGCUGAGUGCGGAGGAUGCCCAGCUCCAUUGCAGCAAGAAAGGGGGCAAUCUGGCCACGGUGAAGAGUGAGGAGGAGGCCUGGCACAUCCAGGGCGCCCUGACCCAGCUCCUGCUGCUGGGGGCACCCCUGCAAGAAUCCAAAAUCAAGUUCUGGAUUGGGCUCCAGCGAGAGAAGGGCACUUGCUCGGACAGCAGCCUGCCUCUGAGAGGCUUCAGCUGGCUGGGCGAUGGGGAGGACUCGCAGUACAGCAACUGGUACAAAGAGGUUAAGAACACCUGUAUCAACAGGCGCUGCGUGUCCCUGAUUCUGGACCUGUCUGUGCCGGGCCUGGCCAGCAGCCUCUCCAAGUGGGCCGACGGUCCUUGUGGGAACUCCGGGUUUCCUGGGAGCAACAUCCAGGGCUUUGUGUGCAAGUUCAGCUUCAAAGGCAUGUGCCGGCCGCUGACCCUGGGGGGCCCGGGUCAGGUGAACUACACGACCCCUUUCCAGGCCACCAGCUCCUCCCUGCAGGCUGUGCCCUUUGCCUCGGUGGCCAGCGUGGCCUGUGAGGAUGGGGACGAGGGCAGGCAGCACUACUUCCUGUGCAAGGAGAAGGCCCCCAGCGAGUUUGACUGGGACAGCUCAGGGCCCCUCUGUGUGAGCCCCAAGUUCAGCUGCGACUUCAACAACGGAGGCUGCCAGCAGGACUGCUUCGAGGGCGGGGACGGCUCCUUCCGAUGCGGCUGCCGGCCGGGGUUCCGGCUGCUGGACGACCUGGUCAGUUGCGCCUCUCGGAACCCUUGCAGCUCCAGCCCAUGUGGAGGGGAGGCCACGUGCGUCCCCGGGUCCCUCGGAACAGACUUCACGUGCCGCUGUCCCCCAGGCUACAAGCUGGACUUGACUCAGCGGAACUGCGUGGACGUGGACGAGUGCCAGGACGCCCCCUGCGCCCAGGACUGUGUCAACACCCCUGGGAGCUUCCGCUGUGAGUGCUGGGUGGGCUUUGAGCCCGGCGGCCCCGAAGAGGGGGCCUGCGUGGAUGUGGACGAGUGUGCCCCUGGCCACUCGCCCUGCUCCCAGAGCUGCACCAACACUGAGGGCGCCUUCUAUUGCUCCUGCGAGGAGGGCUAUGAGCUGGCUGGGGAGGAUGGCACCCAGUGCCUGGACGUGGACGAGUGUGAGGUCCAGCAGGGUGGGCUCUGUGACAGCCUGUGCUUCAACACAGAGGGGUCCUUCCGCUGUGGCUGCCUGCCGGGCUGGGAGCUGGACCCCAAUGGUGUCUCCUGCACUGGGGGGCCCACGUCGCUGGGACCACCAACCGGGUCUCCCCUUGGGGAAGACACGGGAGAUGGAGAAGGGGGGCUCCAGUCUUCUGCCACUGUGUCCAGACCCAGUGGGGACAACCCUGAGGGUACCACCAUGGUGGUGCCCUCCAACAGGAGACCCUCCUUCCCAGCCAGGGUCCCCAUCUCCCUGCCCCCACCGGAGAUGCUGGCCCCCAGUGCGACGCCUGGGGUCUGGAUGGAGCCCAGCACCCAUCACCCCACAGCCACCACUGGCCACAGGGAGUCUGAAGGCGAGGAUUUCACAGCCAAGCAGAGUGACCAGGGCACGGACGGGCAGCAGCUGCUCCUGUUUUACAUUCUUGGCACCGUGGUGGCCAUCCUGCUCCUGCUAGCUCUGGCCCUAGGGCUGCUGGUCUGUCGCAAACGCAGGGCCAAGAGGGAAGAGAAGAAGCAACAGCCACAGAGCGCGGCGGACAGCUAUGCCUGGGUCCCCGAGCGAGCUGAGAGCAGAGCCACGGAAAACCCCUACAGUCCGACGCCGGGGACAGACUGCUGA